AAGCCGAAUAGAUGUUGUUUCCAGUUUCCUUUCGUCGCGGACAUUUUGUUGUAGAAAAACCUAAAAACUUGAGCGCUCUCUGUCCAAAUUAGCAGCCGUUAGUGUUGAGAAGCUGUUAGCUGAGGUUAGCGUGGUGUCUGUGUAAGAUUAGCUGUGGCAUGGAGCUGUGCUGAGGAGACCAUGUGACUGCAGUGUACAUUGGAAGAGGAAGCUGUAGAGGUCAAUGCAAAGGCAUUGUGCCAGAGUCUGGCAACAAGGGAGAUUGCUGUAUGGCGGAAGAUCGCUUUUCAGGCUCCUAACGCUUUCAUUAACUGUUUGGUGUUGGACAGGAGCAUCCCUGUUAGGUUAACAACAGAAACUGAAGGAUGGAAUAACUCGUUUGUGAUUGGUUUUUGUUGAGGAUGGAAACUAACUGAUCUUUCCAAACGCUUUGUAGGUUUUAUUAACUACUGUUUGUGGAUCUUGCAUUGAAUCAACCUUUCUUGGGAAUGGAAAUUAUUCUGUUCAGAGGAGUUUCAACACAACAUGCUAUUACAGGAAAAAAAAGUUGAAUGUUUCCAGCUAUCAUUGCAUCAGUGUGUUCUGAGUUGUACAGCUCAUUUUGAGUGUUUGUGGUUUAAUAGGAAAUUCAGUUUAUAUUUUUCCACCUUGUAUACAAACAGAAAAACAACCACAAGUUGUAGGUAGAAGAUUAUUUAAAAAAAUCCAAAACGAAUACAGGCCUAGGAAGUAUAGAGAGGGCCAUUUGCAACAGUCCAGAAUAUCUUACUAUUGACUGGCUAUCUAUCUGAGGAGGACAAUAGUGUCUUGGAAAAUUUGUUUUAAUUUGUCUUGUUUAUAAUUGUUUUUUGGGGACAGAAAAUAAUGGAGUCUAAGAAUUUGUUUUGCUUUAAAAAUUGUGUUCUUCUAAUAUUUGUCAAGACAUUUGAAUUGAUACAUUCCAGGUUAUUUUUGUUUUAUUAGCAAUUGUUCCACAUCUGACUUUUUGCAGGCUGGUAUAAUGAAAGGAAACUUCCUUUAUAAGCGUUUUCUGUGUUUUUUAAUUUCCAUCUGAUGUGUAGUUGGCAGCAUCCUGGGAAGAAGAAUAAAAGGAAAGAUUUUAAAAAACUGUAUUUGGGAAUGAAGGACUCAUAUUUUGAAAUGGAUCAUAUUGGAGUCUAGACAGCUUCUUGGCUAGCUGUGAUUUUUUUUUUUUUUUGAAGUAUCUGAAAUACCCCAACGGUGGAAAAAUCUCUAUCCCUGCUGCAAAAUGCUGCUGAAAUUCUAGAGUGGAUAAGAGGGAGAGCAUUAUUACUGUACGAGAAGAGGUUUUAAUUAUGAGAUGAAGGCAGAGGACUUUUUUUAAGCCUACAAAUUUACUGCCUUCAUGACAGCAUUGCGUAUCAUUCUGUCAACUCUAGCACUGGAUGGGGUUGCUAGGCAGCAGGCUCUUAUGUAUCCAACCUCUCUGAUUUGCUAUUCUUCUGCAGACACAUGGUAAGGUCCUUUUUAGCCUAUCAUCUAGAGGGACUUUUGCACGCCGUCUGCAUACUGCUGAGAUUCUCUACCUGAAUGUGAUGGGGAAAAGGCACUGUUAAAUGAAACCUUUUUGAUCACUUUCUGAUACUCUUUCCACAAUCAAAAUAAAAUAAAAUAAAAGCCAUGAAAGGGCGACUGGAACAAGGAGAAGAGGUACUGUUUGAUGAGUGUGAAAGGAUGCUUCACUGAUUUUCAUAUUGAUUUUGGUGGCACUUCAGUGUGGUAUCACGUUUUUAGAGGAGGGAAGAUCUUCUGGCUGAUUCCGCCUACUCUGCAGAAUCUAGAACUUUAUGAAGAAUGGGUUCUGUCAGGAAAGCAAAGUGAUAUCUUUCUGGGAGACAGGGUGGAACUAUGCCAAAGAAUUGAAUUGAAACAAGGGUAUACGUUUUUUAUUCCUUCAGGAUGGAUACAUGCAGUUUAUACUCCAGUAGAUUCUCUGGUGUUUGGUGGAAAUAUCCUGCAUAGUUUUAAUGUUCCCAUGCAGCUUCGCAUCUAUGAGAUUGAGGACAGAACAAGGGUGCAUGCCAAAUUCCGUUAUCCUUUCUACUAUGAAAUGUGCUGGUAUGUUCUGGAGAGAUACGUGUCCUGUGUGACCCAGCGCUGCCACCUCAGCAAAGAAUACCAGAAAGAAUCAAUGUUAAUUGAUGCAACAAGAAAGCCCAGCUUAGACAGCUUCUCAUCAGAUUCCUGGUUAGACAUGGAUGAAGACUCUUGUGAUGCUCAUACCCGGGAGGAGAAGGAAGACAAUUUGGAUAAGAACACAAAGGCCUUGGGUGAUGGUUCCUCCUCACCCAACAGCACACACUCUGAAGGGAAGGAGGUUGCAGGGAGAAAACAGAAAGCCACAGUAAUGAGGUACCUCAAAAGAACUUUGUCUAAUGAGUCAGAUGACAGUGUAAAGUCAACAACCCCCACAGACUAUCCGAAAACACCGACAGGGUCACCAGCUACAGAAGUCUCAACCAAAUGGACUCAUCUUACAGAGUUUGAACUGAAAGGUUUGAAAGCCCUGGUAGAAAAGCUUGAAUCUCUCCCAGAGAGCAAGAAGUGUGUUCCAGAAGGCAUUGAGGAUCCUCAGGCUCUUCUGGAGGAUAUGAAGAAUAUUCUGAAGGAACAUGCUGAUGACGAUCAGAAUCUUGCCAUUUCGGGGGUCCCUGUGGUAACCUGGCCUAAGAAGACCACAAAGAACAGGGCAGUUGGACGACCCAAAGGGAAACUGGGCACUGCCUCUGCAGUGAAGCUAGCUGCUAAUCGGACGACUGCAGGAGCACGUCGGAGGAGGACGCGAUGCCGCAAGUGCGAGGCUUGCCUACGUACAGAGUGCGGCGAGUGUCACUUCUGCAAAGACAUGAAGAAGUUUGGUGGGCCUGGAAGAAUGAAGCAGUCCUGCAUUAUGAGGCAGUGCAUUGCGCCGGUGUUGCCUCACACUGCUGUGUGUCUAGUGUGCGGAGAAGCUGGAAAAGAGGACACUGUGGAAGAGGAGGAGGGCAAGUUUAAUCUCAUGCUAAUGGAAUGUUCCAUUUGUAAUGAAAUAAUACACCCAGGAUGCCUGAAGGUGAAGGAAUCAGAUGGUGUUGUUAACGAUGAACUGCCAAACUGCUGGGAAUGUCCAAAGUGCAACCAUGCAGGGAAAACUGGGAAAGCGUACAAGCAAAAGCGUGGACCAGGAUUCAAAUACGCAUCAAAUCUCCCAGGCUCGCUGCUUAAGGAACAGAAGAUGAACAGAGAUAAUAAGGAAGUAACUGAUGCAGCAAAACGGAAAGGGGAAUGUGAAGAAACCCCCAGGCGGAAAUCUGAUGAACCUUCUAAAAAGCCCCCUGUUGAUUCUAUUUUGAGGAGAAAGUCAGAUGAAGUGCAUAUACGAAGGAAAAGAAAAUUUGAGAAACCACAAGAACCUGCUAUGAGAAAACGGCUAAAACUUGGUAAAGAAGAGAAACUCUUCAGGAAAAAGAGGCGAACGUGGAAGGCUACAGACGACCGAACUGGCAUGGCCAAACCCCUGCGACGGUUUAAACAGGAACCUGAGGAAGAUCUACCAGAAGCACCUCCAAAAGCCAAGGAGAGUGACCAGUCACGGUCGAGCUCCCCCACUGCGGGACCCAGCACUGAAAGUGCUGAGCCUAGGGACAAGAAAAAGAUAAAGAUGAGGCGGAAAAGGCGUCUUCCAAAUAAGGAACUGAGCAAAGAGCUCAGCAAAGAACUCAAUCAGGAGAUCCAAAAAACCGAGAACAGCCUUGCCAAUGAGAAUCACCAACCCAUCAAAUCUGAGCCAGAGAGCGAGAAUGAGGAGCCCAAACGAGCUCUGAGCAAUAGCGAGAGACUCCACAGGUUCAGUAAAGGGUUAAAUGGGACUCCCAGGGAGCUGAGGCACCAGCUUUUGCCAAGCCUGCGAAGCACACCUAGGGUGAUUACCCGGCCACCACCUUCACUCUCUCCUCCCAAAUGCAUUCAGAUGGAACGCCAUGUAAUCAGGCCACCCCCCAUCAGCCCUCCUCCGGACUCACUCCCCCUAGAUGAUGGGGCAGCCCAUGUGAUGCAAAGGGAAGUCUGGAUGGCUGUCUUUAGCUACCUCAGUCAUAGUGACUUGUGCAUCUGUAUGAGAGUUUGCAAGACCUGGAACAGAUGGUGCUGUGAUAAAAGAUUGUGGACCAACAUAGAUCUAAACCAUUGUAAAUCCAUCACUCCACUUAUGCUCAGUGGCAUUAUUAGGAGACAGCCUGUAACCCUUGAUCUUAGCUGGACAAACAUAUCUAAAAAGCAACUGAGCUGGCUUAUCAAUAGACUACCAGGUCUCCGAGACCUGCUGUUAUCAGGGUGUUCGUGGAUUGCCGUCUCUGCACUUUGUAGUUCCAGUUGUCCUUUACUCAGAACCCUGGAUGUUCAGUGGGUGGAAGGAUUAAAAGAUGCACAAAUGAGAGACCUCUUGUCACCACCAACAGAUAACAGACCAGGUCAAAUUGAUAACCGAAGUAAACUACGGAACAUAGUUGAGCUGCGUUUGGCUGGUCUGGAUAUUACAGAUGUUUCUUUGCGAUUGAUCAUUAGGCACAUGCCUCUGCUUUCCAGACUUAAUCUUAGUUUCUGUAACCAUGUGUCAGAUCAGUCUAUUAACCUCUUGACUGCAGUAGGAACCACCACACGUGAUUCCUUAACUGAAAUUAACUUAUCAGACUGCAAUAAGGUUACUGACCAGUGCCUGUCCUACUUUAAACGUUGUGGGAAUAUCUGUCAGAUCGAUUUGAGGUACUGCAAGCAAGUGACCAAGGAAGGAUGUGAGCAGUUCAUAGCAGAGAUGUCAGUGAGUGUUCAGUUUGGUCAGGUGGAAGAGAAAUUGCUUCAAAAACUGAGUUAGUUAGAGG